CGCAGACACGGAGGGAAAGAAACGCAGACAGCUCUUUUCCCCUCGGUGGCUGACCUGCCUCCCUCUCUCCUGUGGUGUCGAGGGGCGAUUUUUGCGCAACAGCCCUGUCCACGAUGGCCCUGCUGCUUCCUCCUCGUUCCUUCCGAAAGAGACGAGCACAAAAAGGAGGCAGCGCAUCCGUGCUCGGCUGGACCGAACCUGCUGUUCCCCAGCUCAUACUGCGAUAAAACAUCUUUUCAUCGCUCUCAGACACUGGGCUACAAAAACGGAUUUGCUUUUUGUCGGCUGCCAACAGUGGGGAUAGGUGGGGAGCGACUUUAUGUGAAUCAGCUCUCUCAAGCUGAAUUAGAUGAAUUAUCCAACAUGAGACCCACGCUGACCUAUGGGCAAGCCAAGCGGGCUCCGCCUUCAGACUUCAUUCCAGCACACGUGGCUUUUGACAAAAAGAUUUUGAAGUUUGAUGCCUAUUUCCAGGAGGAUGUUCCUCUCUCUGCAGAGGAGCAUUACCGGAUCCGCCAAGUGGGUAUCUAUUACUAUUUGGAAGAUGACAGCAUGUCUGUCAUGGAGCCUGUUGUGCAGAACUCCGGGCUUCCUCAAGGCAAACUUAUCAGACGCCAGCGAGUGCCCAAGAAUGACCGUGGGGAUCAUUACCACUGGAAGGAUCUGAAUCGGGGCAUGAACAUCACCAUGUACGGCAGGACAUACCGCAUAGUUAACUGUGACCCAUUCACACAGGUGUUCCUGGAGAGCCAAGGGAUUGAAUUGAACCCUCCAGAGAAAAUGAUUUUUGAUCCUUACACAGAACUGCGUCGAAUGCCUAUGCGCAAGUACAUCACACCAUCAGAUUUCGACCAACUCAAACAGUUCCUGACUUACGACAAGAAGGUCCUGCGUUUCUAUGCCAUGUGGGAUGACACUAACAGCAUGUUUGGUGAGAAUCGGCCUUACAUCAUCCAUUACUACUUGGCAGACGACACAGUGGAGGUUCGCGAAAUCCACAAGCACAAUGAUGGCAGAGACCCGUUCCCAGUGCUCAUAAAACGUCAGCGGUUGCCCAAAACUUUUGUGGACAAGAAAAAGACCUUCCCAAGUUGUGCGCUGGAGAUCUCUGAUCAGGAGGUACUAGAAUGGUACACAGCCAAGGAUUUUGCUGUUGGCAAGUCUACCACCCUCCUUGGACGCACUUUCUUCAUCUAUGACUGUGAUGAGUUCACUCGAAACUUCUAUCGUGACAAAUUUGGCAUCACAGACUUCCAGCCAGUGGACGUAAGGGAGAAACCACUUGAGGAAGUGCCACAGGUAAUUCCUCCCUACAAUGGUUUUGGCUUCCUUGAAGACUCCCUUCAGAACUGCUUUUCUCUGCUUCCAAAGCCUCCCCGGAAAGAUGUUAUUAAGAUGCUAGAGAAUGACCACAAGGUCCUGAGAUACCAGGUGGUUCUGGAAUCACCAAACCCUGAGGACAGAAAGCGGCGUUUCAUCCUCUCUUAUUUCCUGUCGAAUGACAUGAUCAGCAUCUAUGAACCCCCAGUCCGUAACUCUGGUAUCAUUGGAGGCAAAUACUUAGGCAAGACCAGAGUCCCCAAACCAGGCUCUACUACAGAGAAUGCCACGUAUUAUGAGCCCUCUGACCUCACCAUCGGUUCCACAAUUGAAGUGUUUGGCCACAGGUUUGUUAUCACCGAUGCUGAUGAAUACGUGCUCAACUAUAUGGAGAGUAAUGCAGAGAGUUUCCCUGCGGCAACGCUGCAGUCCCUGCGGGAUCAUUUUCACCAAAGGCAGGUGGUAAAGGAGACUGCCAAAAGUGACAGCCCCAUACUAGGGACAAGCAAACAGGAAUUGGAUGAGUUAAUUGCGCAGGUUCAGGAAAAGCUGACGCUCCAUAACUACUUGAACAACAGAAAGAUUCAGGAGGAGUUUCUGCAGCGUGACAAGGAUGGCUCUGGGAUCCUGGACAAAGGAGAAUUUUUAGCCCUUUGCGACAGCUUGAGCGUGCCGACCAGUGACAUUCUGGUUAACAAGCUGAUUGGCUUAUGUUCUUGUGGAGAAAACAAGAUAAGCUACCGUGACUUCCUUAGAGGCUUCCCCUCUUGAUCUUACCCCAGAAGGCGAAGCACAAGAAAGACCAGCAAUGACAUUCUUAGCUGAGUUGACUUUAAGAUAUCAUACUUCAAAAGGACAGCUCCAGUUUAACCCCUUUGCUUCAUUCACUUUCCCCCUCCCUGCUUCAUUGGAGCCAACUAAUGGCAUUUCAUUUCUUUUUUUCCCUUCCUAACCUCUCCCUGUUUUUUUUUUUUUUAAACCCACCACCAAACUCAACCUCAGAACUGCUGGAUCUUGUAGUAAAAUUCACAGGAAAAAAAUUUCAGAGAACCAAAGCCAGGUUCUCCCAUUGACAUCUCAACUUUUUAAUGCAGUACAGCCAAGCUUGCUAGAGCUAAAGCUCUCUAACGUCUAGAGUCAUAAGCGCUCUAGAUUUCUCUUAUAAAGUCUAAAGGGGCCUUUCAUCUUCGGGAAGCAAAGACUGCCAGUUAAAGUUAAAAUUUUUAUUGCAGGAAGACUUAAAAGCCCCUCCAUGAACCAUGGUACAUUCAGACUAGCAAGUAUAAGUGUAAGCAAGUCAUGCAUAGCUGCUGCAAAAGAGUUAAUGUUAAUAAGUCUGCUUUAAAUAAAAUUCCUCAAUGCCUGU